CAAUAAUUAUCAUAACUGGAAUCCAGAAACCAGACAAGGAUGCUGGGGUCGGUUACAGUACACUCCUUGUCAAUUUGUUUGUCAUGGUCAAGGCAUGUUACUUGUUUUAGAUCGCAUCCACUAACUCUGCAAACUGCAAAGCAAAAUAAACUUGUACAACUAUCCUUAAAUGUGUCUACUUUUGUCGUUCUUUUUCCAACUGCUUCUUACUACUUCUUGUGACUUGUGACUGCUUCCUUCCUUCUUCUCUGUUUGCUCAUUCAGGUGGCCUGCCCUUGCUAUUAGGAGAAGAUAAAGCAGGGGUUUUCGAGUAAGUUAAGCAUGAUAAAGCGGUUUCCAAAUAGGAACCCUAGGUCCAAAGGCAUCAAGGUAAAACAUAUUCUGCAAAUUGUUCUGUUGCUUGGUAUUUGCUUCUGGUUGAUCUAUCAGGUUAAGCACAAUCGUGGUAGGAAAAAGGAAUUUGAUGAGAAUGAUGCAAAACUGUCAGUCAGAACUCAUCAGACAGAUCAAAUUGUGAAACUUGGUAGAAAAGACCUUCAUCCGGGUAAGGAUGAAUUAAAUCAGAAUGAAAAGCAUGAGGAGGAUGAGGAAGAUGAACAUGUUGUAGAGGAUGAAGAGAACAAACAUGAACAUGAUGAACAAGAAGAAGAGGGAAUCAGGCUUGAAACUGAAGAAAGCAAAGACGACAAGCAUGAAGGGAGAGAACAAGAGGAAGAAGAAAAUAAGCAUGGAGCAGAAGUGCUAGAGGAAGAAAAUCAACAUGAACAUGAUGAACACGAACAAGAGGAAGAAAGAAACCAGCAUGAAACAGAAGAAAGCAAAGACAACAACCAUGAAGGGGGAGAACAAGAGGAAGAAGAAAAUAAGCAUGGAGCAGAAGAACUGAAGGAAGAUGAUAACAAAAGUGAGGAGAUGGAAGAUGCAGGAAAAGGAGGAGGAGGGGGAGAUGAUGAUGAGAUAGAUGAAAAUGAUCAAGAGAAACCAGAGGUGGAUAUGGAUCGUGAUGAUGGGAAAGAUAAGGAAGAAGAGGGUGACGCAAAGGAGAAUGAAGACAGCGAGGAUGAGGAAAAGGGGGGUUCAGCGGAAAACCACGGAAAUCAUAUGGCACGCGAGGAGCAUUACAAGGGGGAUGAUGCCUCUAGUGCAGUGGCUCAUGAUACUCAUGCAACUAGCACUGAAAAUGAAACAUUUAGCAUGGAAAACUCUGAUCUAAACAUAGAAACAAAUAUUACAAAACCAGAAAAUGAGACGGCUUAUUCAGAUGAAAGCAACCAGAAUCGAAAUGAUUCAAAUUUGAAUGUUAUAGAAGGGGAAGGGGUAGACAGGAUUUCUUCAAAUGCAAGUUCUGAUAAAGAGACUGGAAAUGAUAAUUUGUUCAACUCUGUGGAUAUCUCAUAUCUGAAUAAAACAUUCAAAACAAGCAGUAACUUGAUAGAAGAUGAUGCAAACACUUCAAUUUCAUCCGAACACAAUAAAACAGUUGAUACGACAAUGAUCACUGGAGAUAUAAAAAAUUUGCAAACAGAGGGAUCACAGCAGAGUGGCAAUGGAAUUUCUGAAGAAAACCUGCCUGAUACUGAUUCAACGGUCGCUGUUAAAACUGAAAAUGGAGGUCCAGCUGCAAGAGAAUCUUCUAAUCAAAGGGAUGGUGAAUCAGAGAAGGUAAUCGGAUUUGUAGCUUCAAAUGAAACUGAGAACUCUUCUUCGAAUUUGGAUAGAAAUGAGAGCUCUGGUACCACUGAAAGUGAUGAGUCCAAUGGUAGUAACGAAUCAAAUGAAUCUCAGAAUACUGAUGCCACUGAGGAUGAGACAUUCAAGGGUGAUACUUCAAUGGGUGGAACUGAUGAAACAUCAGGCUCUUUCUCUGCUGACGAAAUUCUGGAUUCAGUUGAACAUGAUGCCAUCGAUUCUUUUGAUACUCAUAUCCAGGACCACAGGGAUGUGAGCGAGGUUCGAACUGAUCUCGAUACAUUGCCAGAUAUUAGAAAUGAAGGAUAUAAUGGUGAUGAAACUGCAGCAGAGUAAACUUAAAUUGGAUCCACCUAGUUGUUAGAACAUCUUUGCUUUACCAAGAAAUGUGUGAAGACAAAGAUCUUCAGAAAGGUACAAACAUUGUUGUGGAUAUUUUUGUGAUUAUAUCAGUCUGGAUAUGUAUAAUUUAUUUCUACA